GUGUUUCUAAAAUAUAAAUCAUCCGUGUAUAAUAAAAAAGAUGCUGAAUUAAUAUCCUGAGUAAUACUAUUUACAAACAGCAAAAACAACAGUGGACAAAGGUGGGACCUCUAAUUAUAUAUUAAGUAAGAUGUAUAUUUAUAAAAAAAUGGCUUCAAAUACCUUUGUUGACAACGCUGCAAUUAGACGGCUGAUCGCGCCAUCGCAAGCUAAAAAGGAUAUGAUUUAAUUUUAUAAUGAGAAGUUGCAACCAACGACAAGAAUUUAAUAUACACUUUAAUGAACUUGUUAUUGUGUCCUUCGCUCAUUUCCUAUUUUAGGAUAUAUGAAGGUUUUAUUUUUGGGACGUUUCGGGUACGGGGCAAUCUACAUAUACCGAAAAAUUUCCAAUAUAAAUGCAAAAGUUAGAAAGGGCAACAAGUCUCUCCUCCCUUUAAAUAUGCUGAUUUGGGGACGAACUUUAUAGUGUCAAGGCGGUUCGAUGUGAUUUAAAGGUGUCAAAAGUCAUAACAGAAAAACCCCCGAAAUGAUUUCUCAAGAAUUAAAUGGAAGCGCCUCCAAAGAGAAGGAUUGUGCGUUGGACAACCAUGUUUUGAAACAGGCUCUUCUAAUGGUAGAAGUGGGAAUCGAGCUGAAAGAUCGAUAUAGCGCCGGGGAUAAAUAUAUUCGCCAUUUAAAAACGUUUGUAAAUGGGGCGGAAAAGGCUGUAGCAGCCCUACAGCUCACCUCACGAUCAUCACUUGACCUGGCGGAAAAACUGCUUCAGUCCAACCUAAAGUCGCAGAAACUGUCGGAGAACUUGAAACACGAGUUCGAAAACUUACUAAGUGUAAUCCAGAGGGAAAUAAGCACCAUGGAGACGAGACCCCGUGACGAGGACGCUCCACAGUGCGAGGGCCUAAAUCUGGAUCAAUUGGCGGAUAAAAUUAAAUCGCUCGAAACGAGAAAUCGGAGUUCUGAUAAUAGUUUAGUGGCUAAUCCUUCCAGUUCUAAAAGUUCUAAGAUCGACAUAAAUGAAAAGUACCCAGAAAACCUAUCCAGAGAAUCCCUAAUUGACCUAAACAACAUUAAUCUCCCUCCAGUACCCGAAGAUAUUUUCACAAGUUUCUCUAAUAAGCCGAUCCGCACCUCCAGUUUGUCCUCACUGAAGAGCAUGCGCAAGAUCAAACUCUUUCUGCAAAAAGCUGAAAGUUCUGAUGACGAUGAAAGUUCCGAAAAUGACGAUCAUGAUUAUUCCAGAUUGGUCUAUGGUGAUAGUGACGAAUGCAAAAACUUAAGUUGCCACAGUCCCUCCUCCAAAAAGCUUCAGUUGGGCAACAUCAAAGAGGAAACCCAAGAUUGAGGAGAUGGUGUCAACAGUUUUGCAAGAAAAGUUGUUUUUUAAAUAAAUUUCGCAUAAUACUUAAAUAAAUUGAUUUGGGAUAAACUGUU